CAAGUUCGUUUGGAAACCUGCAUCACGAGUGUUUCGAGCGUCUUGCUUAUAUUUUUAUUAGUAAACCUUUUUGUGGUGUAAAAGAAAACAACUAAGACAAAAUGCGCGAAUGUAUCUCGGUUCAUGUCGGCCAAGCCGGUGUACAAAUCGGCAACGCCUGUUGGGAGUUGUACUGUCUGGAACACGGCAUCCAACCCGACGGUCAAAUGCCAUCCGACAAAACGGUCGGAGGCGGUGACGACAGCUUCAACACUUUCUUCAGCGAGACAGGAGCUGGCAAGCACGUACCGAGAGCCGUUUUUGUGGACCUGGAACCGACUGUUGUAGAUGAAGUACGUACCGGAACCUACAGACAGCUGUUCCAUCCCGAACAGUUGAUUACUGGGAAGGAAGAUGCGGCUAAUAACUACGCGCGCGGUCAUUAUACCAUCGGAAAGGAAAUUGUGGAUUUAGUGUUGGAUAGGAUUCGUAAGUUGGCCGAUCAGUGUACUGGGCUGCAAGGUUUCCUAAUCUUCCACUCAUUCGGUGGUGGUACCGGGUCUGGAUUUACAUCCUUGUUGAUGGAGAGGUUGUCCGUGGAUUACGGUAAGAAGUCGAAGUUGGAGUUUGCUAUCUACCCCGCCCCACAGGUUUCCACCGCUGUGGUGGAACCUUACAACUCCAUCUUGACCACUCACACCACCUUAGAACACUCCGACUGCGCCUUUAUGGUCGAUAAUGAGGCCAUAUACGACAUCUGCCGACGUAACUUGGACAUCGAACGCCCAACCUACACCAACUUAAACAGGCUUAUCGGGCAGAUUGUUUCCUCCAUAACCGCAUCUCUAAGAUUUGAUGGUGCUUUAAACGUCGACUUAACCGAAUUCCAAACCAACUUGGUACCGUACCCCCGCAUCCAUUUCCCUCUCGUAACCUACGCCCCAGUAAUCUCCGCCGAGAAAGCUUACCACGAACAACUAUCCGUUGCCGAAAUAACCAACGCCUGUUUUGAACCCGCCAAUCAAAUGGUGAAAUGCGACCCCCGUCACGGCAAAUACAUGGCUUGCUGUAUGCUGUACAGAGGCGACGUCGUGCCAAAGGAUGUCAACGCCGCAAUCGCCACCAUAAAAACCAAGCGCACCAUUCAGUUCGUGGACUGGUGUCCCACAGGGUUCAAAGUCGGCAUCAACUAUCAGCCACCCACCGUGGUGCCUGGAGGCGAUUUGGCUAAAGUGCAACGUGCCGUGUGCAUGUUGUCCAACACCACCGCCAUCGCGGAGGCUUGGGCCCGUUUGGACCACAAGUUCGACCUGAUGUACGCCAAGCGCGCCUUUGUGCAUUGGUAUGUGGGUGAGGGUAUGGAGGAGGGUGAGUUUUCGGAGGCGCGUGAGGAUUUGGCCGCUCUCGAGAAGGAUUACGAGGAAGUUGGAAUGGACUCCGGAGACCAAGAAGGAGAAGGUGCCGAGGAAUAUUAA